UGUAUCGAGACGUGGCUGACGUUUUCAAUUUUGGAUUGUUUUGUCAUUUGCAUUUCACAAACGUUCAGCCACGAAUUGUACGAUUUUUGCGAGUUGAUAGGCGGAUUAAUUAUUUGUGGUUAUUCUGUUCCACUGUACAUAUCUAAUUAAUAGAAAAUGGAUCAAAUCGUAAAGUUUGUAGAGCCAGGCAGGCAAUUCGCCAAGGAUUCUAUCAGAUUAGUCAGAAGGUGCACAAAGCCUGACAGAAAAGAAUUCCAAAAGAUCGCCAUCGCUACAGCUAUAGGUUUCUGCAUCAUGGGCUUCAUCGGUUUCUUCGUAAAGCUGAUACACAUUCCCAUCAAUAACAUUAUUGUCGGCUCAUAGACUGUGUAGACUUAGCUUUAGUUGUAACUUAUCUUUAAGCCCCCGACGUGUCUAAGUUAACUCUCACUGUCAUUUUAUUUCAUCCAUACAAAUUUUAUUAGAAUAAAUUAUUUCAUUUUUA